GGUACUCUCAAUGUUAUCGAUGUCACGGUCGAAGCAGAAUAAUCGAUAAAUCGUAUAUAGUGUAAAUGGAAAAUAACCAUCGGUGGGUGUGCCAGCUCUAGUAGACAAUUCAAGUGAACAACAACUCUGCUUCUGGUUACUGGACUCGAUUAGGAUUCAAAUUGAGAUUAGGAAAUUGUGUGAGAUUUAUACAUAAGUGGGAGUGAAGGUGCAUGUAAUAACAUGGCUCUCGACAUUGAUACAAAAAAUUCGAGUUCGGCGGCAACCGGCGACGCAAAUACGGUCAAGGCGAAUAACAAUUCAUCAGCUGCAUCCACCGGCAAUAAGAAGACUGAGAAUUUGGUCAAUGGAAACAAUAAUAGUGCCGCAGAUGGACCAGCAGCAAAAAAGAAAGGUAAGAAGAACCGCAACAAAAGCCCCCCCAUUGCCACAGAUGCUGAGACCACGGAAGCAGCAACAACAACUGCUGUAACCAAUGGUCAUGAGGGGGAGGCAUUGGUGAAUGGGGAUGCUGUUGCCCCCGAUGCUAACGCCAAUGUGGCAGCGAAUGAUGAAUCCGAAUCAGCUGAGCAACAAGCAGCAGAGAACGCAGCCUCAUCCGGUGAGCUGGAAUCCGAGGAUGUUGAUCUGGAUGCGUUGCAUGAUGUGGGCAUUACGGUGAAUAUUAGCAGUCCCGGAGCCGAUAUCAUAUCCGUGCAAUUAUCAAGCAUGGAACUGGUACAGGAGAUUCAUCAAUUGCUAAUGGAUCGUGAAGAGACCUGCCAUCGCACAUGCUUCUCCCUACAGCUGGGCAAUAAUACUCUGGAUAAUUUUGCCGAAUUAAAAACGGUUGAGAAUCUGGAGCAAGGAUCAACCAUAAAGGUGGUCGAAGAUCCCUAUACGAUGCGCGAAGCACGUAUCCAUGUGCGCCAUGUCCGAGAUUUGCUGAAGAAUCUCGAUCCAACGGAUGCCUACAAUGGUAUUGAUUGCACCUCGUUGACCUAUUUGAAUACAAUUACGCAGGGUGAUCUUCUGGACAAGAAGAAAACUCGUCCCGAUUCGGUUGACUGCACGCCACCGGAAUAUGUGACGCCAGGAGUAAAGGAGCCACCAUUGCUGCCAUUGCAUCCUAAUAUUAAGAAUGCAAAGGGACCACAGGCGCUAAAGGUCUUGACGACAUCCGCUUGGAAUCCACCACCUGGUCCCCGUAAACUUCACGGUGAUCUGAUGUAUCUGUAUGUGGUCACAAUGGAGGAGAAACGUUUUCACAUCUCGGCCUGCUCUAAGGGUUUCUUCAUCAAUCAAUCCACCGAUGAGAAUUUCAACCCAAAACCAGAUAAUCCCAGCCACUUGAGUCACUCGCUCAUAGACUUGCUAUCCACGAUCUCGCCUAUUUUCCGACGUGCCUUCCAGACCAUUCAGAAACGUCGCACACUGCGGCAUGCCUUCGAGCGGGUAGCCACUCCCUAUCAAGUAUAUCAAUGGGCAUCACCCCAGCUCGAGCAUACAGUGGAUGCCAUAAGAGCGGAGGAUGCUUUUAGUUCGAAAUUGGGCUACGAGGAGCACAUACCGGGGCAGACACGCGACUGGAAUGAGGAACUCCAGACGACACGUGAACUGCCACGUAAAACACUGCCAGAACGCUUGAUGCGCGAGCGUGCCAUUUUUAAGGUGCACGGAGACUUUGUGACAGCUGCCACCCGUGGUGCCAUGGCUGUCAUCGAUGGCAAUGUGCUGGCCAUUAAUCCUGGAGAGGAUUCCAAAAUGCAAAUGUUUAUUUGGAACAAUAUCUUCUUUUCCCUGGGCUUCGAUGUUAGGGAUCACUACAAGGAGCUGGGUGGAGAUCAUGCCGCAUUCGUAGCUCCACGCUACGAUCUGCAUGGUGUGCGCGUCUACAAUGCCGUCGACGUGGAGGGUCUCUACACCCUGGGCACAGUGGUGAUCGACUAUCGCGGCUAUCGGGUGACAGCCCAAUCCAUUAUUCCCGGUAUUCUGGAGCGGGAACAAGAACAAAGUGUUGUCUAUGGCUCCAUUGAUUUUGGUAAAACAGUUUUAAGUCAUCCCAAGUACUUGGAGCUGCUGCGUCAGGCGGGCAAACACUUAAAAAUUCUUCCACAUUCUGUUCUUAAUGAACGGGAUGAACCUGUGGAGCUGUGUUCUUCUGUAGAAUGUAAGGGUAUCAUCGGAAACGAUGGUAGACAUUAUAUUUUGGAUUUGUUGCGCACCUUCCCGCCGGAUGUGAACUUCCUGAAACUGCAAGAUGUCAAGUUGAGCAAGGAGCUUACGGAAAUGGGUUUCCCGAUUGAGCAUAGGCAUAAGUUGUGCUGUCUCAGGCAGGAAUUGUUGGAGGCUUUCAUUGAGGAUCGCUAUGUGAGCUUUAUACGCAUUGCUGCAGUGCAUCUUCAGCAGUUGAACGCCAAAAAGCAGGAUGAAGCGAAGGAAGGAACCAAAGAACCAGCAUCGGAGACAGAGAAGGAGUCGCCGCCAAAGGCAAUCACAGAAAAGGAAGAAGAGGAGUCGAAAGAUCAGCCCACUGUAGGGGAAACUAAAUCAGCUGAGGCUAUGGUCAAUGCCAUAAGAGAAGCUCAGUCUAAUAUGGCUACCUCCAAUGAGGUUCAAGCAGCUGAGGUGGUCAAGCGAGCGUGCGCCGCUGUCGGCUCUCUAAAAGAAAAAGAGUUCGAUUUCCGUUUCAAUCCUGAUGUCUUCUCGCCCGGCAUACGUCAUGUGGAUGGAGAAGAGGGCACUUCCAGCUCCAUUGUCAAGCAAAAGCGACUAGUCCAAGAUGCCGCUGAGUUCUUGGUACUUAAGCAGAUACCCACGUUCAUCAAGGAGCAUUUGGCCCACUCUUCACCGCCCAUUGAUGGCCAGACUUUGACCGAGUCCUUGCACAAUAAUGGCAUCAAUGUUCGCUAUUUGGGCAAGGUGAUCAAAAUGUUGUCACAGAUGCCACGCAUGGAGUAUUUGUACAGGAUUGCCAACUUGGAACUGAUUGUGCGGGCCACCAAACACAUAUAUUAUACAUAUAUGCAGGGCACUGAGCCACUGCAUCUAUCGGCAGCCAUAAGCCAUUUUCUUAAUUGCUUGCUAACAAAUGGUCCCGUUAAUCCUGCCAUCAGCAAGGAGGAGAUCCACAAGAAGCGCACUAAUACCAAAUACAACAAACACAAAUCAUCCAAGAGCAGCGGCAGUGGCAGCAAGCAGUCGGGACAGACUUCUAACCAGAAUGGUACGUCUACAUCGCCGUCAUCGUCCACGGCGUCCGGCGGAACAUCCUCCAAUGUAGCCAUCGACUGGACAUUAGUCACACCACGUUCCCUGUGGCAGCAAAUACGUAAGGAGGCCAAAGCCUAUUGGGAUUGGGAUCUUGAAUGCGAUGCCAUCGAUAUAGCUCUGACCAAAUAUGGCAUCUCGAGGAUCAGCUUGUUGCGUGGCUUCUGCCAAAAAGUUGGCAUCCAAGUGCUGCUCCGUGAAUAUAACUUUGAAUCGAAGCACAAGCCCACGUUCGGCGAUGAUGACAUUGUCAAUGUGUUCCCAGUGGUCAAACACAUAAGUCCCCGGUCCACGGAUGCCUAUAAUUUCUAUACAACUGGCCAAUCCAAAAUUCAGCAGGGUCUGUUUAAGGAGGGUUACGAACUAAUCAGCGAGGCCCUCAAUUUGCUCAAUAAUGUAUUUGGUGCUAUGCACCAGGAGAACGGCUCCUGCCUCAGAAUGUUGGCGAGAUUGAGUUAUCUGCUUGGCGAUGCCCAGGAUGCUUUGGCCAUUCAACAGCGUGCCGUUAUUAUGAGUGAGCGUGUAAAUGGAAUUGAUCAUCCCUCGACCAUUUUGGAAUAUACACAUUUAUCCCUCUAUUCGUUUGCCAAUGGACAUGUCGGCAUGUCCCUAAAACUCUUGUAUAGAGCACGCUAUCUCCUAGUUCUAAUCUGUGGCGAAGAUCAUCCAGAAGUGGCACUAAUCGAUAGCAACAUCAGCCUUAUCCUGCAUGCCCUGGGCGAAUAUGAGCUGUCGCUAAGGUUCAUUGAGCACGCCCUCAAAUUGAAUCUGAAAUAUUUUGGAGCCAAAGCCAUGCAUGUGGCAGUCAGUUAUCAUUUAAUGGCUCGUACACAAUCCUGCAUGGGUGAUUUCCGUUCUGCUUUGAAUAAUGAAAAGGAAACCUAUACUAUAUACAAAUCACAGCUCGGCGAGAAGCAUGAAAAGACUCGCGAUUCGGCUGAAUGUCUACGUCUAUUAACCCAACAAGCCGUUCUCUUACAACGCAAGAUGAACGACAUCUACUCCAAUGGCAAACUAACCAGUGAUCUGCCACCCAUUCAUAUAACCCCGCCAUCCAUGGGUUCCGUAUUGGAUAUGUUAAAUACAAUCAAUGGCAUUCUAUUUGUGCAAAUUAGCCAAAAUGAUAUAGUCAAAGUGCGUAGUGAAAUUGAAAAGCAUUUGAAGGCAAAUGGUGAGGAAAGUGAGGUAAAUGAUGCCAUUAAAUCAAUUGUGGAUGCUUCUGGCAACAAUAAUGGCGAAACUGAGGCACUGAUAAACGGUGGCGAGGAAUCAACUGUAACUGUAACUGCAACAAGUUGAACGCAUCAACAGCCGCCGGUAGUCCCACAAAACCCACAAUCCUAAAAUAACAGCCAUGAAAAACAAGCAAAGUCACAAUAUAGCGUUUGGCCAAUUUCAUUAACAAAUUUUUUUUAUUAUUGUAUUUUGGGACUGAGCUAAAUUAACUUAAAAACUAAGUGUUAAAAAAAAAACAAUAACCUAAAGCAAAAAAAUAGGAAUAAAACAACGUUGUUUUUCGUAAAGAAGGCUGCUCUUUGUACUGCUCACAUCGCAUCGUAUAUAUGAUAAAUACGACUUAAACUAUAAAGGAAACAAACACAUUACAACCUACAUCAACAACCAAUCAAGCAUCCUAAUCCUAAUCCUUCUCACCAAAACUAAACGAGAAAAAAAACAAUAGUUUAGCUCGCCAUUUAUAGAAAUCCUAUAUAUAUAUAGAUAUAUACAAGAGAAAUACUAUGUUUUUGUUAAACCAUUUGCCUUAUUUUUUAUAGUUUUAAAUUUCUUUGUUGAAAACAAUAAUAUAUGCAUACAACGAGACAGAUAAAAGAAGAAGAGAGGUUUUUUAAAGAAUAGAAUGCGCGCACGUUGAAUUAUUGAAAGUAAAGUCAAAUGGUGUUAUUUUUUUUUUGUUAUACCAACCUAUCAUAUAGAUAUAACUACACGUACAUAUAUAUCAAAAGAAAUAAAUAUUACUUAUGUAAUGCAUAAAUAUACAUUUUGUUGGCUCCCGAUAAUUGGGGACUUGUCUCUACUCUUAAUCACACGAACAAAAUGGUUAUUUUGUAUAAACAAAUGAUCGCUUACUUUAGUAUGAUCAAAUAAAAUUAAAGAAACUGCCAAGUUCUGAAAUUUCA